AUGAAGACAACACAAAAAACACCAGAAGCUGGAUCCUCUCCUCCAGUCAAACAGCUGCUUGAUGAACCAGAGGCUGUCACCAUCAUAAACACUGGGUAUGAAAGCCUUUACAAUGUGGUCUGUCUGAGUGAUGAAGAAAUCUGGGCAGGUGGACUUGACAGCACCAUGAAACUCUACAGCAUCAAUCAGGGAUUACUACUCAAGUCAAUCACAACCAAGUCAAGGAACUGGUCAUUUGACUUAACAGUGACAGAAAGUGGAGAUUUAAAUGAGAAGAUAGAGGAGGUGAUUAGACUACAGAACUGGGAACCUCAAGGUGUCUGUAGUACCUCCUCUGGUGACCUCCUGGUUAUCAUGAGUGAACCAUUCAGUCCUCAAGGAAUCACCAAAGACGGUCAGCGUCACAUCCUUAUAGCUGAUGAUAAAAAUAACAGUGUCCACAUCAUAGACCAGGAUGGACAGUUCCUCCGUUACAUAGACUGUGGACUGAGUAAACCCCAGGGACUGUGUACAGAUACAAACGACAAUCU